AUGCGCCACACCUGGUGGUGGUGGGCGGCGGCGGCCGGGCAGGCAGCCGCCCAAAAGCCCCUGACGAAGUGGCAGCUCCGGCGGCAGAAACAGAAGAGCCUCAAGGUCAAGCAGGGCUUCGCGCCGUCGUGGACGCGGAGCGAAGCUUCGAACACGUAUUCCAAUGAUGCUUUAACGAGGGACAUGACCUGGAACGAAGAGCGCCACUGCGAGUACGCCGCGCCGUCGGCCGAGCGCUUUCAUAGGAGGGACAGCUUCGUCGUCGCCUUGGCCUACGACACGCCCGACCCGCUUCCGACCCUUGCUGUGUUGAAUUCGACGGCGCACCACGCCUCCACACUGCCGGAGUUCGCGGUGGUUACGACGCGGCCGCGAAGGCUCCUCGGGUUGCUGCGGCACCCCCGCGUCGCUAGAGACCUGCCACCGGGUUUGGCACAGAAAGUUAGGGUUUGUGGCGGCUUCACGCAGCUCUUGGUGCAGCGGCCGGCCCUCGCGAAGUUGAGGUUGUUGAGCAACGCUUCAGCCGUGGGCGCGGCGGCCGCGGCGCGCGUGCGGCGGCGGGAGCUGCUGUCGCCCUUCAACUUCGCGGCCUUUUAUUUGCCGCACGUGCUGGAAGCGAAACGCAUUUUGUACUUAGAUACGGAUGUCCUGGUGCAGCGCGACGUCGUGCGAGCGUUGGAGCAUUACGAGUUGGGAGGCAAGGCCGUGGCGGCGGUCGAAGAUUGUUCCCAGAAAUUCGAGAAAUACGUGAAUUUUCAGUUGCUCAACAGAUUACUGAAGCGCAAGGCGAUGGGCGGCCUGUCCCGGCAUUACGACUUCAACGCUUCUACCUGUGUCUUUAACCGAGGCGUGGUGCUCAUCGAUCCGGAGCGUUGGAGAGCUCUGGGUUUGACGCUGGCCAUCGAAUCGCUGGUCGAGGCCUACGUGAAGUGUGGAGCGAGGCUGUGGCGGGGCGGCGUGUCGCAGCCGCCGUUUCUGCUGGCGCUGGGCGGGCGGUAUGCGAAAUUGGAUUUGAGGUUUAAUGUCCGCGGACUAGGCCGGGUGGACAUCGGCCUGUCGGAGUUCGAGGCGGUCAACUUUGUUGCGCCGCAUAAAAUGUUGAGGAAGGAACUACGGAGGGUGGGCACUUUCCGCCAAAAGUUCCAUCUCUUCGUCGCUCCGCUCGCCGACGAGGCGUUCGUCCUCCACUUCACGGGCGAGCUGAAGCCCUGGCGCCUUUCUGCGUCAUAUGCAGAACAGUGGACGACGCAUGGUGCUGCGUUAACUCCUACGGGGCACGUGAGCGGCGGCUGCGAACUGGACCAACAGCUCUCGGGCCUCAUGGACCGGCGCAUCUACUAUUGCCGGAAGCGGGCGCCCUGCGGCGACGCGCGCUUCGCGCGCUUCAACUCGACGACGUCGCUCUUCGCGUCGGCCUGCCUCGCGCGGUUCCCGCUCUGCGCCGCGGGCCGCGGCGUCGCGGCGUGCGCGUCGCUCUGGCACGGCUACGUGUCGCCCGCGGCGGCGCGCGUCGCCGACUUGUGA